GACGAAACUUUUGUCCGUGCAGAAGUUUGAAUACGUUUUGUUCGAGUGUGUGUCAUGGCGUAAUCGAAAAUUUGGGUUGUUGCAUGAACAACAAAAGGGCCCAAGAAAGCGAUAGCGAAAACACAGUAAGUCUAUUUAGUACCUUAGGUGGUAUUCGGUGAAAAUUUGGCGCAUGAAUAUAAAGCAGGCAGUAGCUUCUUUGUGUUUUUAACAUCAUUUACAUAUGUAAUGCGAUACAAACAGGGCAAGACAAAGGGAGCUUUCAUGUGUAGUUCCGGUUUUGCAUUAAGUCCUGACACAAAGCCAAAGGACUAUGUUUAUAUUAUAAUUUAUAUAAAGCACAAACGUGAAUUUGAUACGAGAAUAUAACGUUUGGAAACGCACUUCAUAAUAGUUUUAAAAAAUAAUAUAGUGUCUUUAUCAGCGGGUAUGUUUUGGACUUGUUUGUAUAUUACAACUGCGUAAGCUCAUAGUUCAUACCAUUGGAAAAUUGACCCUUUGGCUUCGCUUACAGUAUAUUCUCUCUUGCUGUUUUAGGAUUCUGAUUUUUCUAUCCAAGAUGAAGAUACAGAGAGUAAAGAUGAUGAGAGUGAAGAGUAUGAUAGUGAGCAAAGUGAAGAAAGCAAGGGGGUGCAGACAAGAGGGAGAGCAAGAGGUAGGGGAAGAGGAACGAAAACAACAAGAAAGGAGGGCAAAGGAAGUGGGGCAAGGGGAAGAGGCACAAGAGGAGGGCAUGGACGAGGUGGAAGGGGACAAGGUGCAAAAAGAGGUGGACAAAGUACCAGAGGAAAAGGUGGACAAAGUACCAGAGGAAGAGGUGGACAAAGUACCAGAGGAAGAGGUGGACGAAGGCAACUGGAGGAAGAACCUAGCGCUGCUGAAAACCAACAUAAUCAUGAACAACAACUAGUGGUAAGCAAACUAAUUGUUAAAAACCUCAUUGUAGACCUAGUUAUAUGCUACAUAACAUCAAAUUGCAUACACACUACUAGUUUUUUGCACAGACUUUACUGUCGUUCCAAUUGAAGUGUUGCUCAAAUAUUGAUUCAAUACAUUACCUCGGGCUGACCAAUUCAUUUCAUCAAGUUCCUCGAGAUAUUUCAUACACUUCCUGUGAAAAAGCCAAUUCCAAGUAUUUGAUCAUUUCUGGUCACUUCCUAUUUAUGAUUGGUUAGUUGCACAAACAACAAAGGUGAUUGGUGCAUUCAAACUAUUCAACAGGAAGUUUACAAUUAUACCAGGAAGUGUAUGAAUAUUCAUCUCGAGGAACUUGAUCAAAUGAAUUGAUCAGCCCGAGGUAAUGUAUCGAAUCAAUAUUUGAGCCACACUUUAAUUGGAACGACAGUAAGUUUCUGAUUUUCAUAUUAACUGGUUUUUUAUUACAACCAGUCACGAGUACUUAUAAACAAAAUAUAUAGAUAUUAACAAGCCUUCUAUACAAUAUAUUCAUUAUUGGUUCAUAUUGAUCACCAUCUAAAAUAUCUUGUGUGCAUCUCAAUGAUCAUUUUGGCCACAUGAUCACCCAUUAAAUGCAAAAAUCUUCCCUUGACAAGUAAAAUUGUCUAUCAUUAUACAGAUGAAAACUACUGUAUGGUACAAUGUACUUAUUUGGUUAACACCAUUAAGUCAUCAGGAGGCCAACUGUUUAUUGUUUGCUCUAAUGCCUGACAAUUUUACUCCUCAAGCUCUGAGUACAAGAGUAUUAAUUAACAGUUAAAAAUAAAUAUCUGCUACAAUUUCCCUGUAUCAUUAUUUGACCCAAUCUAAUGCCAGAAGUCAAAUAUUUGUGAUUGACUUAACAAUGAUACCUAUAUGUUAACUUUUCAGAACCUAGUGGAAGGUAUGGAAAUUGAUGUCUUGCGUAGGCUGGCCUUGGAAUUACUGCGUAGGCAGCCAGCCACAUUUGCUGACAUAGUGAGUGGAGAAUUGCCAGGAGGAAAUGGAGCUCCAGAUCCUGACCCUGAUAAUACCCCUGAGUGGUGCAACUGUGGUCACUGUAUGGCAAUGCCCACUCAGGAGGAGAAUAAAUGCUGUGCUCAAACAAGAAGACCUUGCGUUUCAAGACAAGCACUUUUUAAUCAAAUUGUCCUAGAUGCAAAUAUUUUGGAUAUUGCCAUGAGGUACAGAGAAGAUGUCCUGGUCCUCAACAAUAAUAGAAAUAAUGAAAAUUUUCGCCAUGCAGCCUAUAGGCAAUUUGUAUUAUGGCAACAUGGACGUUUAGGGAGAGGAAAUCGGAGAGUAGUUCCAAGUUGCUGUGUACUGGCUAUACGCAGUCGUUACCCUUCUCCUAAGUGUACACAGGUUAUAGGCCUGCACGACUAUAAUAUAAUAAUUUGGACUUUGUAAUCACAUUUUUUAAAUGGUUAUUUGUUGAUAAAGACAUUUUUGUUAUGUACAAAUUCAGAAAUUCCUAAAACCUCUUUUCACUACCUGUAUAAGAUUAUGUAUACAAAGAAAAUGUCAACUUUGCUUUGUUUUUCAGACACUUUUUAUUACAUUUGUAUGUAUGUAAUCAGGCAUGUCCAGGUGUACAAGAAUGA